CUCUGGUGUACUCUGGACCGCACUGCCCAACAGACACGGUCCAGCAGGGCACAGUGGAGCCAGACAGAGACGACACACGGCCAGAAACCCUUCCGACUGCGACAGUGUGGGGUGCUGUGACAGCAGACUUGCUUGCUUCGCCUCUUCGCUUCCAUUGCUGCUUUAUCCGUCCCGGCAAACGCCCUGUUCUUCCAGCUGCUUGUCCGGACACACACACAGAGCGUGCUCUACAACCCGUUGCUUGGUACCACGCGGUGGAUACUUGACUGAUUGAUUACACACACACACAGCGCAGAACGGCACACCCGGAGAUCGCUGCGCACGAAACAGACACACGGGAAACACCCCCGAUGCUGAUCAACGACAACAAAAAGAAGGCCGGCGUCGCUGCCGUGGGCACCGCCGCCGGCAGCCACGACAUGGAACUGGCGGACCCGGCCGACGCCGCCGGCAGGAGGGUCUCCAUGCACUCCGCCGACGGCUCGGUGCUCACGUCUGCCCUUUUGCACGGCAGCAGCUUCGGCAGCAGCGGCGGACACACGAACAACUACUCGGCACCGGCGUCCCGCCACCGCAGCUCCUUCGACACAAACGCCAAGAUCGGCUCGUUCGCCCACACGAACGACUACAUGAAGUCGCCGUACUUGUCGUCCUUCCCGGCGUUCAGACAGUCGUCCUUUGCCAGCGGCGGAGAAGGCGCUGGCUUCGACAACACGAACAGCCUCUUCUCCCAACAGCAGUCACGACCACAGCCCCACGCACAACUACAUCCGCAGCCUCCAUCCUCCAACGGCUCCAGCAUGGCACCGCCGCUGUCCUCUCCCUCCAUGAUUCUAUCCUCGGACAAGCACGGCGCAGACACGAGCAACAUCUCGCCCUUGUCUCCGCAGAAGAGCUCUUUCUCAGACGUCCCGCCCUUGUCCCAGGACAUGUUCACCUCGCCGCUUUCCAAGCCCCACGAGUUUUCCAACCAACAGGGCUUGAGCUUCCCAUCUUCCGCCGGCAAUUCCAUGGGCAUCUUCCCAAACAUCGAGGAGCUUGCUCUGGACACUUUCGACCUCUCCGACAAGAACGUCGGAGAUGCGGCUUUGCUGGCGCCGCUGCAGAACCAGUACGACCAGCCACUGCAUACGAGAAGUUCACUUGGAAGUGUUUGGGAAGAUACCGCCAACAACGCCAACAGUAUGGGCUUCCAGGUGCAAAAUGCCGGCAGCAACGCAUACAACUGGGCUUCUCCGCCAACCGCCGAUUUCCAGCCUUUGCGGAGAUACUCCUAUGAUGCGGCUAGCGCCACCACUUUUAUACCAAACAGGAGCACGCUGGCCAACUACGAUUUCAACAUGAACAUGAACUUGGCCACGAACUACGCCAAGGGGGAUUUUAACAGCUUCAUAAACAAUAACAACAAGGGGAACUCGAACGGCACCGUUGAAAGUACCUUCAAUAUCACCAGCAACAACAACAACAACAACAACAAUUUUCGUCCAAUGUCCAACAGUAGCGGCACUAACAGCAAUAAUGGUAGCAACAGUUACUCGCGGCAUUCAUCUGUCGGCGCUAACACGAUAUCCCAAUUCAACAACCCAAACCACAGUUCAAAUAUUAUCAGCCCAACAAAGGAGCAGGUUAUUCGCAGCAUCAACGAUGUAUCCAACUAUUUGGGGCUCCCUUCAACAGAAGUUCUCAAUAUGGAAAAGUACUUGAGCCAUCUCAAUACGAGUUCUCUACCACAGUUGACGUACCUGACCGACGCAGCCAACCUAUCCAACUACGAGAUUAUUGCCUGCUGCUUCAAAAACUCCCGUAUUGAUGUGUUCCACAUCAGCCCGAUCAAUAAGCAGCUUUUAGGCGAAAUUAAGCUUGGAGAUUUGGUCAUUGUUGAGGCUGACCGUGGACGUGAUUUGGGCAAAGUCGUCAAGUUAAAUGUAAGCAUACUUGAGGCAAGGUUGCUACGAUAUGCACAGUACUUGGGGCGUAAGGCUGCGCUAUCGAAAGAGGAUGAAAAUCAUAAGAGGCCCGUUCUCAACUUCCCCAAGCCUGUUAUACGCUUUGCCAAGAACGAAGAGUUGCUUACCAUCAAUUCCAAGAUCAACGAUGAAGUGAGGGCAGUCGAGGUAUGCCAGAACAAGGUGGCAGAAUACGACUUAGACAUGAAGAUUGUUGAUGCAGAGUACCAAUGGGACAUGAAGAAGUUGACAUUCUACUACAACUCAGAAGUGAGAAUAGACUUUAGAGACUUGGUCAAGGAGUUAUUUAGAAUUUACAAGAUAAGAAUCUGGAUGUCCAAGCAAGGAGGCAUUUGCUAAUGGGAUCCAUUCGUCUGCAUAUAUGAAAACUUUAAAGGGAAAUUAGGCCGGAGGAAAAACCGGCUAUCAUAAAAUAUUGGGAUUUUGAAACAUGGGAACGAAACUUUUCUGUUGAAGACAGAGAGAACAAAAUAGACUGUCGUACGAAGUGGUGGCGUUUCUUGUCAUUCCCUGCUGGGGAUAUAGAGUUUACUGAAUUUGUGUUUUUACUGUUGUUUAUUUGGUUUCAUUUGAUGUGUUUUCAUCUAUUUUCUUUUUUGUCUUCAUUUUCAUUUUUGUCCGUGUUUUUUUUACAAUGGGAUGGAUGGCCUUUUUAUAGUCGGCUCGCCCGUGACCUUGACUGUGCAUUUCUUUUAAGCGACUGGUGCUGUUCUGGGCAGCCCCAUUUCUAGAAACAUACGUUGUUAGAGAACCUAUACCUCUGCUAUAUAUACACAUAUAUACAUAUACACUUUAUACACUACGACACCACACACAUAGACCG